AUGUCAAACGAAAUAGAAGACAAAUCUGAUACGAGAUCAACAUCAGAUUCAGAAAGUGAAUCAACAAUCAGCGAGCCCAUCCCAUUAGAAAAGGUGCUAGAAAGUUUAAACAACGGUGCAAAGGACGCGAUUGCCGAGAAGGAUUACUUGUCUUAUAGCACUUUGCUAGAUAUCCAAUUGCAUGACCCUUCACGUUACACCGAAGAUGAGCGUGAGAAGCUCAUGGGCUGCGUUUUGGAAAUCUUACAGCUGAAUGACAGCUUGGUUUACGAAAUUGGAUGGGACAUACCUAGUAUUAUCAUUCCGUACAUCGAAUCUAGCUUUGUCUUCAACUCCGGGAUAAGAGAUGCACCUUGUGUUUACAAGAUUUUGAAGAUUUUCGAAAUUUUAGCAACCAAGGGGAACCCAAAGGAGUUAUUUUUAAAAAGCUGUGAAUUAAUGGGAACGUUAACUGUGAGUGACGAUUCGAGUAUUGACUUUGUCCACAGGGAAAACUUUUUCGAAAUAAAAAUGUACAACCUUAACGAAUUGAUGGCCACUUGCUUGAGAAAAAUACCGACCUUGUAUCCUUCGAGACUUUUGGCCAUGACUGUUGGAUCGUAUGUUAAUUUGAUUUACAAUUUGCACCAAAUCCCCGUGUCUCGGUCGACUUAUGUGUUUGUAUUGAAAAGGGCAUACAGUUUUGCCAGAAACUACGAUGGUGCUCCAAAACCAGCCAAUGUCGAUUAUUCAGAAACUGAAUUGUCGAAAAUCCAAAACGAUGAGAACUAUUUGAUUAGAAAAUUAUUGACUGGCUUUAUCACCAAUAUGGUAUACAUGGGAACCACGGCUUAUACUGCGUAUUUCUCAAUGACUCACUUCUACUACUUGCAAAAUGAGUCUAGCAAUUUUCUCAAAACCCAAGAACCGGUUGAUACUGCAAUCUAUGAUAGAUUUUACGAAUUGGCUUACCUGUUUGACUUGCCCCUAGCCAGUAUUUUUGCCAAGUUUGUGGAAGAUUCCAAAAAAUUCGUAUAUGGAAUAAAGCACAAUGGUGACGAUUUCGUCGAUUUGUUAUUUGAAAAAUGUGUCGUUGACUACCAGGCAAAUUUAAUGACAAGCAUCGUGGACAGCGAUGCCAAGUCAAUCAAUGACUCAGUACUUGGAGAGAUAAUUUUAUUUACACAGUUCAAAGCCGUCAAUCAUACUUUUGAAGCUCCGUUGAUCAAGUUAAGCGAUGUAAUCAGCUUAGCUUUGCGAUUGCUCAUUCCGCAAAUGGUUCAAAAGACUUUUCUACAUAAAUCAUUGCAAGAUUUGGUGUUGUUCUGGAUAUGGUACGCUUUGCAACAAAUAGAUCUCAAAAUUGACCCAGGUUAUAAUGCAAAGAUUGAUUUGGUUUCGGUACCACAAGAAUACUUGCCAGUGUUUUUCCAAUCUUUGAUUUUUGUGUUUCAUCAUAAUGAAGUUCCAAGGUUUAGAUACAUGAUUUUGACGUUGUUGACAAAAUUACUAAUUGUGACGCCAGAGUCAAUCGGAUACGAUUUUAUAAAGGAUACAAUUGAAAAUUGUCCGUUUGAAGUAAUACGGCCCGCAUUGAUUGGUAUUUAUAAAGAGCUUUUGUUGAAUCUGAGAAGUGACAUCGAUAGUGUUAAUUUCGACUUGAAAAAAGUCACCUUAAAUGAAGAAAACCAAACCAGCAAUGCUCCUGAGUUGCCUCCUCGCAAAGUGAAAACCACUAGCAAGUAUUAUGCCUUGACAGAUGAAAAAUUCGGUGAUAUCCUUGAAUGGGUCCUCCUAGCCCAAUCCAAUGCAUUUGUUGAGAAUGAGCAGGAGGUGAAAAUAGAUCCCUUCAAGCUCUCAACAUUAGCAUCGAUUUUGAAUUUGCUUGUUGUUUUAAAGAAAACUGACAUUGCGGUUGCCAAUAAGAACAAGAUGGAAAAGGUCUUGAAGAGUGUCGACAGGAAUAUUGAAUUUAUUUCCAAAAGCGGCAGCCUGAACCAGUAUGAAAAGAAUGCUGCAGGUAUGUUGGGACUCACGAUUGAGAGGAUAAGAGAGUGA